CUGAACUCCACCUUGAGGCAGAAUGAGGUUCACCCUGGGAUCUCUGCUUCUCAUGCUGCUGGUCUGCAGCCUCCCUGCUGUCCAUGGUGUUCUGGAGGCCUACAACACAAAUUUAAAGUGUAAAUGCAUCCAAGAGACCUCAGGCAUUAUUCCCAUCCAGCUCAUUGAAAGGCUUCAGAUCUUCCCUCCUGGGAAUGGGUGCCCAAAAAGAGAAAUCAUAGUUUGGAAGAAGAAUAAGUCAGUUGUAUGCUUGAACCCUCCCAUCAAAUGGACGCAAAAACUAAACAAAAUAUUACAGAAAAAAAAAUGCUACUUCAACUCAACCAGCUGCAGUGCUGAAGAAAAGAAUCAACUGAUGCCAAUAUCCUCACUAAGGACACCUGUAUUCCACCCUGAACCUGCUCUAGGUUUUAGUUUUGUAUUUUGAUGAAUCUUUCCAAGAAAAAGAACUUCCCCAUAUAAGCAAGCAUGAAAAUACAUCUAAAAAUAGCCCUACAGAAGCUGAUGGGGUCAAGUUGGGAUUUCUAAAAAAUAUAGUACCCUAUAUACUUGGGCUUUGCAUUCUUAUUCAUCAUGGAGGAAAGUUUCUUUGAGGAUAGUUACUUAGUAAUAAAUCACGUAGGUUUCUUUUAAUAGUUUACCUAUUGUUUAGUGCUAAAUUCUCCUAGAAGAUGAGGGAAUAAAAAAUUAAACCUCAAAUCUGAAGAUGUGGCUUGAGUUAAGAAGGACAUGAUGGAAUUCACUUCAAUCAUUUUACAAGAAAAGUAGACAUCCAUCAGGGACUUGAAACUUGCCUAGGAAACCCACAGAACUUUAUGAGACAGAGGUCUCUCAUAGUAGAGAUCUUCCAUUUGAAAGCUCACUAUUGAGAGAAAUGGGGUCCUACCUUUAAAGAGUUCUUUUAUGAAAUUUACUGCCGUAGACAAAAAUAAAUAGCACUCAAUUGAUCCCCAGAGUUAAGUUCACAGAAUAUUCAUGAACAGCAUUUAAAAGCUGAUAUUCAGGUGUACUCAUACAUUUGCUUUGAUGAAAUUUUUUUACUCACAUCUUUUGCAAAAAC